AUGGAUACUGAGGAGUCUCCGAGCCCUGUCGAGGAGGAGAAGGAGAAGGAAAAUGAGAAAGAGGAGAAGAUGAAGGGCAUAUCAAAACCAGCAGUCCAGGACAACGUCCUGCCGAGAGCUGAGAUCAUCCGCUCCAAACUCAUCCACAGCUUCUACCUCCUGGAUCACAUACAGGAGGAGGUGCGCGGGACCCCCAAAUACAGCACCAAGGACGUGCUCGAUCCAGUGGUGCUGAACAGACUGAUGCUGGAGGAUUCUCAUCAGCUCAUGCGGUUCGAGAUCUGCCCCCUGCGCUGCUCCAUCAUCACAGACCAGGACCGCAGACGCAACCGGCUGAAGAACCGCUGUGCCUAUUACCCCCCGCUCAACAUGUGGGCACACUGGGUCCUGGAGAGUCAGAUAUUUGUAAACACCAUUCUCUUCCUGAUCAUACUCAACACCAUCGUGCUGGGCAUCCAAGCAGAGGUGUUUGACAACAUGGACCCCAGCAUGGACAUGCUGAAGCUGGUCCUGGAUGUGCUGGACUGGAGUAUCCUGGACAUCUUUCUGAUGGAGAUCCUGCUCAAGUGGAUCGACGACUUUGUCAGCUUCUGGAAGAGCACUUGGAACAUCUUCGACUUCAUUGUGACUGUGUUGUCCAUUCUCCCUGAGCUGAUGAAAGCCCAGGAAGGGUUAAAUUCCUCAAACCUGGAUUUUGUGAAGCUUAUCCGGAUAUUCCGCAUCCUCCGAUCCUUGAAAAUGGUCUCCAAAUUCCGGCAAGUGAGGAUCAUUGUGCUGGCCAUCUCCAAAGCAUUUAAGGCUAUGAGCUUCAUUUUGCUCCUCCUGGUGGUCUUCACCUAUAUCUUCGCUGUAGCUGGAGUCAUAUUCUUUCAGAGCUAUACUCGCUCUGACCGGCCGGACCUCAUCUACAACAAGAACUUCAAGGAUAUCCCCAGCACCUUCGUCACCCUCUUCAUCCUCUUCACCAUGGAUCACUGGUACGCGCUGCUCCAAGACACCCGAAAGGUGGCAGACUUGGACCAGGCCAUCUGUGGGCUCUACAUCAUCCUCUGGCUCCUCAUUGGCUCCUUCAUCUUUAGGAACAUCUUUGUAGGCAUUAUGGUGAACAACUUCCAGAUGAUCCGGAACGACCUGUCCAAGGAGGUGAAGCAGAUCGAGAUCCAGCAGAGAGCCGACCUGUUCAAGGCCGAGAUCAUCAACAGGAGGAUGAGUCAGAUGAAACCCACAGAUGGCCCUGCCCACAAACCUCCACCAGAGGGCAGCAGCCCGGAGCCUGGCUCAGAACAGACCCCCACAGAACUCUCGAUCAACACAUUGAAACCCACUGCCAGUACCACAGUGUCUCGCACAGACUGGAAUACCUAUGUGGAGGAUAACCUGAGUGUGAUGCAUGACCAGGAGGAGGAUGAGAAGGUGACGUGGCCCCGAGACUCCCUCUUCAGGUACUUUGAGCUGCUGGAGAAACUGCAGUACAACCUGGAGGAGCGCAAGAGGCUGCAGAACGUGGCAGCUCAGGCUCUGAUGAAUUUCCACACCUACUAA